GAUUAAAAAAGUAUUUCGAAUCGCAUUUGUGUCUGUACAGAUAAUCUCUGAGAGUGUUUCAUUAUUGCUUUCUCUUCUAACACUUCAUUAUCUCAUAAAUUCCUUCUAUGGAAAUCGGGUCUUCAUCGUCCAAACCUCCACGGAAUUAUGAUGUGCUCAUCAACUUCAACGGAGAAGACAUCCGCAGGAAAUUUGUUUCUCAUCUCGAUUCUGCUUUCUCGUCCGUUGGACUCACAACUUUCCUUCACCAUCAGAAUGCAGUGGAGUCAAUGCACGUCCAACAACCUAUUCUAAAUCUGUGUCGUGUAGUAAUAGUUGUUUUCACCAAAACCUAUUCUCAAUCUGCUUGGUGUCUUCAUCAACUUCAACAAAUCAUUGCUUGGCACGAAAGUUAUUGCCGACAUGUUCUGCCCGUAUAUUACGAAAUUCAACCCUCUGAUGUGCGUCUUCAGAAGGGUGAUUUUGGAAAAGCCUUCAAAGAAACUGCACAACAAACAUUUUCAGCACAACAACUGGAGGAUGGCAUGUCCAGGUGGAGCCACGCACUCACAAAAGUAGCAAGUCUCUUUGGAUGGGAUGAGAGCAAUCACAGGAGUGACGCUGAACUAGUGGACAAAAUUGUUAAGAGCGUUCUUAAUUUAUCAGUUUUGUCUGCUACCAAAUUCCCAGUUGGAUUACAAGACCAAGUGGAACAUCUAAUUCGAACUAUAAGAAAUAAGUCCUCGGAUGUUUGCAUUAUUGGUUUUUGUGGAAUGGGAGGAUCAGGUAAAACCACCCUUGCCAAAGCCAUCUACCAUCAAAUACAUGGUACAUUCAUGCAGAAAAGUUUCAUUGAAGAUAUUGCACAAGUUAGUGAACCAAGAGGGCAUAUUCAUUUACAGCAACAACUUCUUUCAGAUGUCCUAAAAAUAAAGGUGGAGAUACAUAGCGUUGAGAUGGGAAGAAGUAUAAUUCGAGACAGACUUUUCCGGAAAAGGGUGCUCAUUGUACUUGACGAUAUGGAUGACUAUCUUCCAUUAUUAGAUCUAAGGAAAAGUCGUUCAUGGUUAAGUGAAGGAACUGUCAUAAUCAUUACAACAAGAGACGAAGACCUACUGAGGAAACAUCAAGUUGAUUCUGUUUUUCGGAUAAAUGAAAUGAAUGAUAACGAGUCCCUUGAGCUUUUUAGUUGGCACGCAUUUAGAGAACCAAAACCAAGAAAAGAAUACGAUUACCUUGCAAGACGAGUGGUUUCUUGUUGUGGAGGACUGCCUCUAGCUCUUGAACUCAUUGGAAGUAGUUUAUUUGAAAGGAGGGAAAAGGAAUGGCAUAGUGUAUUGGUUGGAUUAGAGGGUAUUCACAUGUAUGAUGUUGAACAGAAAUUGAAAAUAAGCUUCGAUUUAUGCAAUCAAAUGGAAAGGGAUUUAUUCCUUGUUUUAUGUCGUUACUUUGUUGGUAAGGACAGAUCCUAUGCUACGAAGAUCCUAAAUGCCUCUGGAAUAAACGCUGAUAGUGGAAUAAGAGUUCUCAUGGAGCGUAACCUCAUUAAAGUUAAAGCGAAUAACAAAUUUGGAAUACAUUAUUUGCUACAAGGAAUGGGAAUAGAAAUUAUUCGUGAAAUUUUGAGAAAGGAACCUUGGAAGCACAAUCGACUGUGGGUUGAUGAAGAUGGAAAAUAUGCAUUGAAAGUGGAUACGACAUUACCUGUGAAAUUGAUUUCAACCAGUAGAGAACCAUCAAGUCGGCCGAAAGUUGCUGUAAAUUCUGGGUACCUUUCUGCGAAACUGAGAUGGAUCAAUUUGCAUGGAUUUUCUUCAGAACACCUUCCUGAAGACUUUAACGUACAUGGUGCAGUAGCAAUUGAUUUAAAACAUAGUCUUCUUCGAUUCGUCUGGAAAGAACCCCAGAUUUUGAAGUGGCUAAAAGUCCUUAAUCUUAGUCACUCAGAGUAUUUGACAGAAACCCCUGACUUUUCCGGAAUACCAAGUCUUCAACGGCUCAUUCUCAAGGAUUGUCCAAGAUUGUGCAAAAUUCACCCAUCUAUUGGAUUUCUCUGUUAUCUUACAUUGUUAAAUUUGAAGGACUGUGAAUGUCUAAGCAAUCUCCCCCGAGAGAUAUAUAAGUUAAAAUCUUUAAGAACUCUCAUUCUCUCUGGAUGUUCGAAGAUUGACCUCGUGGAAAAAGAUAUAGUGCCCAUGAAAUCCUUGAUAACUGUAAUUGCAGAAACUAAAGCUUUGAAACAAGUUCCUUUUUUAAUUUUAAGCUCAAAAGCCAUUGGGUACAUGUCCCAACGAGGAUUUGAGAGAUUGUCCUCUAAUCUUUUUCCUUCUAUCAUUCGGUUUUGGAUGUCAGCAACAAUGAAUCCCAUAUUUUAUAUUCAUUCGAUUGGCAUGGAUAUCGAUAAUAUUUGGGAUGAUAUAGCGCCAUUGCUCGGCAGCCUAGCAAAUCUUCGAAGUGUUUUGGUGCAAUGUAACACCGAGUUUCAACUAUCAAAGCUAGUAAAAAAUAUUCUGGUCGAAUAUUUUGCAAAUGUUACAGAAUCAGGAAUUUCAAAGCAGCACCUGAGGUUUUCUUUAAUCGGUAUUGGAGCAUACUAUGAAUUCUUCAAUGCUGUCAGCGAUAACAUAUCUCAGGUAUUGGCAGGUAGUGAAUCUUGUGAUGUCUCUGUUCUAGGUGACAACCAUCCUUAUUGGUUAGCCUAUAUGGGUGAAGGACAUUCUGUUUCUUUCACUGUGCCUCCAGAUACUGAUUUGAAAGGAAUGAUUUUGUGUGUUGUUUAUUUAUCAACCCUUGAAAUUGAGGCAACUGAAUGUCUCAGAAUUGUCUUAAUUGUUAAUUACACAAAGUGCAGAUUCCACAUACACAUGCAUGGCACAGGAAUUUCCUUUAAUGAUAUAGAUUGGGAAGGUAUAAUGUCAAACUUUGGAUAUGGAGACAAGGUGGAGAUUUUUGUGACAUCUGGUCAUGGAUUGGUGGUAAAGAACACAAUACUCUAUCUUAUAUGGGGUGAAUCAAAUUACUACGAAAAAGAGCCUAUGUCAAAGAAAAACUCUGUCCUUAGAUUCAUAAAGAAAAUUGUAGAGUGACUUCUGAUAAGUCAUUUAUCCUCUUUGAGAACUGCAGGAUCCCUUUAGUUAUGGAAUUAAUCUGUGUCCUUCAUUGAAA